UCACACUACUGCUAACAAAAACGCGAAAAACAGAAUUGUAAAAAUUGGAAAUUGCGAAUAAUAUAAAUAAUCGAAGCAUACAUUACGCGAAUUAAUUAAAAAUGACUGGACGUGGCAAGGGCGGCAAGGGGAAGGUUGUGCGCGAGAAUGUGCAGGACGAUCGGGACGAUUUCCUGGUGUACGCGGCGGAGAAAAUAAUCCAGAAGCGCGUUAGAAAGGGCACCGUGGAGUACCGCGUAAAGUGGAAGGGCUGGAACCAGCGCUACAACACCUGGGAGCCUGAAGUGAACAUUCUGGACCGCCGCCUGAUCGACAUCUACGAGCAGAGUAACAAAUCGGCGGGCACGCCCUCCAAACGCGGCUUGAAGAAGAAGGAGAAGGAGCCCGAUCCGGAGCCGGAGCAGGAAUCCGAGGAGGACGAGUAUACGUUUACCGGCGAUGAUGUGGACACCAACCACGCCACCACAUCGACUGCCGGCGGUCCGAUACACGAUCCGGAGGCGAAGAAGGAGAAGGAGAAGAAGCACCAUCACCAGCAUCAUCACCACCAUCACCACAUCAAGUCCGAACGAGGCGGCGGUCGACGUUCCGAGUCGCCGCUGUCGCAUCAUCACCAUCACCACCACCACGAGUCGAAAAGGCAGCGCAUGGAGCACAGCUCCUCCUCGAACAGCAGCUCCACGCACAACUCCUUUGUCCCGGAGGCCGACACUAACUCGUCCAGCUCCGAGGAUCAGCCGCUGAUCGGCACCAAGCGCAAGGCGGAGGUGCUCAAGGAGUCGGGCAAGAUUGGUGUGACAAUCAAGACCUCGCCGGACGGACCCGUCGCCAAGCCUCAGCCGCCGCAGCAGCACCAGCCAGGCCCACUGGAGAAGCUCCAAUCUGCGAUUCCCGAUCAUCAGCAGGCAGAGAAAAUAGCCAGCGAGGCAGUCACACCUCUGAAAUCGGAACUACAGGCCACCACGCAACCGGCCAGUGAAGCCAUCUCCACGCCCGCUGAGUCUGUCGCCGAAGAGGAUGAGGCUGUGGCCGGCGAGAGUGCACAGCAACAACCGCCGCAGGAGAACAACAAUAUACCAAAAGCGUGCAACAACCAGCAGAACCUGACCAUUAACCAGAAGCAGCCGCUGACACCUCUGUCGCCGCGCGCUCUGCCGCCGCGCUUCUGGCUGCCGGCCAAGUGCAACAUAUCCAACCGCGUGGUGAUAACCGAUGUCACCGUCAACCUGGAGACCGUCACCAUACGCGAGUGCAAGACGGAGCGCGGAUUCUUUCGCGAGCGCGACAUGAAGGGCGACUCGUCGCCAGUGGCUUGAGCUCAAGCCCAACUGAUGCGAAAGCCGAAAACAAUUGUAAAUAGAGAAACCAAAAUGGAGAUGAAGGAGGCGUUGGGAGAGGAGGCACUAACAAAUCCGCACUAAACGUUGCUAAGCAUUUUCUCCCUAGGACGUAAUUAUUUAUUGUAUUUAUUUUUAGCGUAGUUUUUAGUAUGUUUGAUUAGCUAUUAGUAUUGUUUUAUUACAAUGUUUACCCGGCAAUUGGUGUCUUGAGCAAGUGCAAAAGUUCAUUUACCAAAAGACUGACAUUUAACUGUGCAAUUUACAUUGAAAUUUACCAUUUACAAGUUUUAAAUUCCCGUAAAAGAUUUUUAACGUAGGCUUUUAGUAUUCCCUAAUGACAAGUGCAAAUAUUUCCUGCAAUAUCGCAUAGAGCUGUGCUGUCUUUUUGUAAAUGAACAGUGUUGCGGCUGCUCAACGUGCCAGUGUAAUAGAUUGUAUAUCCUGCGGCAUAGAAUAGGUACAUAUGUCCAAGGCCUUAUAAAAACAAGUUCUGAGCAAUUUUUCACCAAGAUACAAAUUUGCCUAAUCGUACGGCGUUACUCAUCUUGUUAUUGUAAGGUCUUUGGAUUAUAUAUUUAUUUACACACAUAUAUUGUAUGUAUAUUUUUCUACAACACUUUGAAUCUGAUUGAGGACAACACGAGACACUCAUACGCUACAAAAUCGAACUCUAUGCGAAACCGAAGCAAUUGUUGAUUACGCUUGAUAUAUACAAUUAUACACAAACCGAAACGGAAGCAUAUUUAUAUAUAUUAUUCAUAUAUUCUCGAGUAUCCCAAUGUAUUUGUUUAUUAUUACAUAUAUUUCCUCGCGCCGACUGAUUUUACAAAAAACGAAACCCCAAAAAGAUAUAUAUUGUAGCUUGAUAAAUACUUCUAGAAUUUAGCUAACCAAAA